GUGAGGCUAGUCCCAGAAAGAGAAUUUCGAUUUGCAAACACAGUAAAAUUUCUCUACUCAAAUUCAAAUCAGUUUUUAUCUAACAUCCCAUAAUUCAUUCACUCAUUUAAACAUAUAUCGGAUAAUAUUUACCGCUAAAAAUUCAAAGUGACAAAAAAAUAAUAAAACAGCCAAAAACAUGAGUUUUGGAAAUUUUCUACGGCGUAUAUCCUUUGACAGUGAAAAAAUCCAUACGGAUUCACCAACUUCCGAGGGAAGUGAACCGUCCUCUACUGGCAUGAAUGCCUUUUUUACAUCACCGAGUAAAAUUUUUGAAAGUGUCAAUGCAAAAACUGGCCACUUGGUGUCAGAUUUAAAUCAAAAGUUAGAUAUCAGUGGGAAACUUGAUUCUAUUAAACAGGCUUCCGUCGGUACUUUGGAACAGGUUGUACGUGGUACGUCAGUUAGCCGUUCGGAUAGUAAAGAUGUAUCACAGAAGGAAGAAAUCAGUGAUUCACCGUCGUCGUUCCACGAUAAAUCGAAGAUGGUAGAUUUCGAUACACCGCAAUAUACGCAGAAAUCAACAGCCCAAUUCUCACCGGCUGAUCAGUUGGAAAGAUCGAAAGAAAUGCAGACAUCAUCAACUGCUGGUAGUGGUAGUGGUGGUGGUGGUGGAUUAAGACGACAGAGUACACAGAAUACACCUCGGCCGCCGAGACCCCCUCCGCCAAGUACUGCAGCGCUCAGCAGAGCUAUGAGCUUGGAUGAAACCAAUCUUUCUGCACAAAUGAAGACCGUGAGAAAGGGACAGUCCACUGACAGUCAACACUCAGAUGAUCCGCAUAGAAAGUCAAAAUCUUCCGGGAAAGAUCGUAUGCAAUCAUUGAAAGCGAAUGAGGAAACACGUAUUAUUCAGCAACAGCCUGGUGCACCUGUCAUUGAAGAAGAAGAAAACAGCUCUGCUUCAGAAUAUGGUGAAAAUGGUGAUCAGCCAAUUUAUAGACAAGAAUCCGAGUUGCCAAUCCCUGCAGAUAAACAAGCUAAUAUUUCAAGUCACAUGAAGCUGCCAUCAUCAAAAAGUGCAGCGGUAAAAGACGAGGAGAAAUCUUCUUCUGCCUAUCACUUGACUUCAACAGAAUCUAGUGCAACGAAUUUGGAAGAGAUUCAAGAAUUUAUGGAAUUAUAUGUUUCAGCAUUGAUUAUAGGACGCUCUGACUAUUUAAAGAGCAAGGAGAUCGAAUUACAAGAGUUAUUGACUACUCCAGCUGGAAGAAUUGGAUUCGUUAAUGCGCUAGAACAAGAGUCUCGUCGUACGCAAGGUUUGGUAGACCUGCAAGCCUUACCGAAAUUACUCGAUCAGAUUGGACUGCUGUUAGUCGAAUGUCAAAAUGCUGAAGAUUUUUCACCAGCGAAAAAGUUUCUCACUAUAUCACUGCAGUUCUACACCUAUGAUCCUUCCGUGUCAACUGAUCGUACAUUCAUCUUUGCCUAUAUCAAAAAUCAACCAAUAUGGCAAUCGUUACGUUUUUGGAAUGCAUGUUUCUUCCAAUCGCUUCAAGAAGCCCGUUCAAAGGCCGAGGAAUCACCAUAUGAUGCAAGAAAAUCAGCUUCGACGACAUACGAUCAACUGAAAUCAUACUUGCACACAAUGAAUGUGUUCAAUUUGCAUGAGACAAUAAAACAAGAAUUUCUACGGAAACAAGCCGAUCUGUUCAAUUUAAACGAUGAUGAAAUCAGCUCACUGUUGUCGAUAAUUUCGUCGUCAUCGUCAGCAGAUUAAGUAAGAAUUUAUUCUGCUGCAUGUCAGUGUGUAACUAACACACACAUGGUAGCCGUACAGAAAAACUACAUCUACAAGCAUCUACAUACAUCUACAUAUACAUAUAUCUGAACAGGCGGGUUAUAUCUAUUUAUUUGUAAUAAAAAUUUCAACUGGGAUGUGCGACGUGGGGCGGGGCGGCGCUAAAUAUAAACCGAUAAUCAUACACACACCACUUUCCAGCUCUCUGUUUAUCGUCUCUCCCUCUCUCCUUUUUUGUUUUAAUUAUCUUAGCCAUAUUUUUCUCUUGUGAGCCGAUCAUGUAUCCCUUUAAACUGUGUGAAUUACUUUUCGAUUUUCCCGCCAUCAUCCCGUCAUCCCAUCCUUCAUCUCUCUCUUUACAUCGCAUCUCUUGUUUUAUGUAUAACACUACUAUAAGUGUGAGUGUGCGCGCGCGCAUGAAGAUGCCAUUCUCCGUGGAUUUGUUCACCAUUGUCUCUACUUUCAUGAGUUAGUUCGAUUCUUUUCCAUUUCUUUUCUAUUUCUUUUUCUUUUCUGUUUUAAUCAACCCCCCCCCACACUUGAUUUGAUUUGAUUUGAUUAGUGUCCAUCUCAGGUGUGUGUGUGUGUGGAUUGACAAUUUUCGUUUUGCAGACUUCUCUUCUAAUGUCAUUUCUUUGAAUGGCAUCUUGCAUUUACACAUACUAACUUACUACAAGUACAUAUUAAAACAGAGGGUUUAGAGUAAACGAUUGUUUGAUACCACACCCCACCCCAACCCACCUCCGCACACACACACGCACAUCCGACUAAGAAAUCAAUAAAUGCACCAACGUAAAACAAACAGUACUCAUUAUAUCUACACCAACAACCAAAAUCUCUUUUAUCUCCGUCUGUCUAUUGUAGCUUACCUGUUACCUCAAUGUUAUGAAAACAAAAAUUUGUUCAAUAAUAAUAUACUACUGGCUUCAUUGUUAUUAGUAUAAUUUAUCUUAUCAAAUAUAUGUGUUCAAUAAUA